CAUCACUGUUUCCGCGAACUCUCAGACGGCACUUAAACGCAGCAUACGUUAGCUAGUCGGCUUAGCUUUUUGCUAACAACAACGGUCGUUCACAAGUUGUAUCCGCGCUGCGACAAACGGUUUAACCGACGCCUCCUGCUGUAACAUGGACUGAGAUAGUGUGGGUUGUCCUUCACCAGCUCUAAAUGGAGGUCAGUGAAUAUGUUUUAUCGGCGGGCAGAGCCGUGUUGGACAUGGUGGAGCGGGAAUGGCAGCCUCUGUCUGCGGGGGAGCUGGAGCAGCGGUUGGACCAGGCGGUGGAGGAGAUCCUGGAGGCUGACCUGAUGGCAAAACUUAAAUCCCAGCCUCCUCCUACUUUCUACGUACAGUUACUGCAGAGUCAACCUCAUGUGGGGCCACAGGUUUUACACACUGCGGCGGCAGCAAGCAGUCCCCCAGAGGAGGAGACAGCAGAGUCCCAGGAGCGGCUGGAUACUGUGGACAGUGCUGCAGUGAAGCACAUCACAGACCUGCUUCAAAGCUCCAAAUCCCGGGCUCGAAUGGCAGGACGGGCUCGCUUAUCUCUGUCCCACACCGUCCUGCUGUCCCUCACCCUGCUCUCUGAGCGUGUCAGCUACCGCUCCGUGUCCCGCCGCUUCCGCCUGGAGAAAGGAAACAUCCACAGGAUCUUCUUCUCUUUCUGUGAACGCAUCAACACGCUGGAGGAGAGGCAAAUCAGAUGGCCAGUUGGCAGAGAGGCGGUAGAGGCUCUUUUCCCACUUUUCUGUCCAGAGAAGGAGCAAGAGGACGAGGAGCAAAGUGUUCCUCAGGUCCUGGGAGUGUUGGGACACAUUCGGAUCCCUAUCCGCCUGCCUAUAGGGAAAUAUGAUGUAGAGAGCACAGUGCCUGAGGUGAAGAGGAUGAAGAGGGAGGCCCAUCCUGACUCCUGGUUAAACCUUGAGCUUGUAUGUAAUCGUAGAGGCCAGUUCCUACACUGCAGAAUCAGUAAAGGAUCAGACAUGGAUAGGGGCAGUGCCCUCAGAGACAAACUGAAACAGAAUCCUGAACUGAUGCCUCCUGACUCCUGCCUCAUAGCCAGAGCUGGCUAUCCACUCACUGCUCAGAUUUUAACUCCUUACAUAACAAACCAUGGACCAAGAGAAGAGCUCUUCAACAAGACGCUGGAGGAGCAUUUUCACAUCCUGGAUCAGGCUGUCGCCAACCUGAGAGCCAGAUUUCAGAGGCUUAGGUAUCUGGAUAUCGGGAACUAUGAUCGAGCCAGAGCUGUCGCACUGACCGCUUGUGUGUUGCACAAUGUGCUUUUGGACAUGGGACAAGUGGUUCAAGGAGAAGUCGAGAAAGAGGAAGACAUGAACCGAGAGGGAGAGGAGGAGGGGGAGGCGGAUGACGAGGGUGUACGCAGACGUGACGCCGUCUCAGAUGUGUUGUUUAAAAACUUUGAGUCUGGAGGCACAUGAUGUGAUGACGUCUGUUAGAGAAGUUGUGUUCUUACAAGAUAAAGUCUGAUUUUAACAAAGAUCUCCUAUCUGUGUUUUUCUGUCUUUUAAAGUAGUUUUGUUUUCUGCCAUAAAUAUGUGUAAUUUUACUGUGGUUUGUCAAAUAAAAUGUAGAAUUCAGGACUGGCCACAGCCAAGCCAGGGAACAUAAA